AUGCUUGUUGAGGGUCCUCCACAUCGCUUCACGACGAUUAUCCUCUCGCGCAUAUCAGUGACUAAGACACAACCAUUGGAGCAAGCAGAGUUUGAACAAGGAUUUCGCUGCAUGGUCCACGAUCAAACUGUGUUUAGGGCCGUUGAGGUUCACCGGAAAUACCACCUGUCCCUAGGCCUAACAUUUGUCGACUAUAAAAAAACGUUUGACAGUGUCGAAACGAAUGCAGUUCUAUCAGCUGUCGUCGACCACGGAGUGGACUCGUUCUACAAAAGAACUCUUUAUGACCGUUAUCAAAACUACACUACGAAAAUACAGCUUUUCCUUCGACCUCUUACCAUACUCAUACGAAAAGGGGUUCAUGAAAGUGACGAAAUAUCGCCAAAGCUGUUCAAUGCCGCACUGCAGUGGAAAACAAGGUCACUCGAUUGGAAUGAGAAAAGCAUGCGUAUUAGUGGAAAUUUCCUACCAGAAAUUAAAAGAUCGAACUACGCAUAA